AUGUACGGCGGACAGCAAGACAAUACUGUGUAUACGCGAUUUGGCCUUGCGUCACGUGUCAUCACUGAGCGCCAUGAACAGGAAGUCCAGAGGUACUUGAACGCGUACGCAUGCGGCUCCCUGCCUAAAAUCCCCAAAGACUAUGCUGAAGACUUCCCUCAGGGUCUUGCAAGAGACAAGGCGGUAUUUUUGGACGCCGUCACAGAUCACAUCUCCGCCCAAACAAGCAGUCCAGCUACUGCGCCCACGCAGGGUGACAGUAAAGUAAGUAACGACACUCCACUUGUAGUGAAGUUGUGCAUAAAUGUUUCAGGCGAAUUUUAA